AGCCGGUGUACGCCCGUGCGAAGGAGCAAAUUGAGGUCCAGGCCGUAUAUCGAAGAGCGCGAUCAUGUUCCUUCGCUCCCCCCUGCUUUUCCCCGCUGUCCCGUUUCGCCCGUUUUUGUUUCACUUGGAACUCGAAACUCGCCAUAGGAGGGAAACUGGUGUAGUGUGAGUAUGCGCUCACACCGCGCCAGCGCUGCACGCACCAGCUGUAAGGGAAGCCGGUCGGCGACCGCGGCAACGAGUGAUGUGCGCCUUGGAGGAGAGAACUGGAGCAUACUCUUAUCAACAGAGAGUGCAGAAGCUGGAGCACCUGCUUGUUCACUCUCGGUCUCCUGGUCGGUAUCCUGGAGGCUCCACGAGGUCUAUGGAGGAUGGGAAUGCUGUCUCAGCCAUGGAUGCAAUUGGAGGUGGGGACUCGCCAAUCCUGGAGAGUCCUCCAGCAGCCUUGUCAAACGUACAUGACUUGUUCUUUCAUGUAGCAGCACGUGAAGAAGCACUACAUAGUCUUGUUCAAACUGGAAAGACAGCAUACAGUUGCGAAAGGAGGAGGAGAGCAGAUGAGCGGGAUCUAUUGAUCGACGCUGACAGAAGUGAGACAUUAAAGAAGGCAAAAUCAAGGAAUCCGCAUGGACUGCAAGCUGGCCUAAUGACUGCACCUCCUGCACAGGGUGUUGCUGGUCAGGGUGCUUUGCAAGGAACGAUGUCAAGCAUCGGGCCAGGGUUCACCAUCACCAAUCAUUCUUUUGGGAACAUGUCAUCAUCGUGUAGGCAAGGUGCUAGCACCCCAGACACUACCCGGGCAACCACAACUGGAUUAUUUGGUGCUGCAUCAAUGCUAGCAACAGGUACAGCAAGUUCAUCGCCAUUGUUUGGAGGACCUGUGACCUCUGCCACCUCUGCAGCAUCGACUUCAGGUUCCUUGUUUUUGUCAACUGCAGCGGCUGCCUCUGGAGGACAUCUCUUCAGCACACCGUCAGGAUGUACUACAGGGGCUUUAUUUGGAAUGUCUACUUUUGGUAGGAUUUUCAAGAGGAAAGUAUGGCACCUGUGAGCUCACCUGAGCCUCGCCCUGGCGAGCUCCACCGUCUCGAGUGACGAGCUUGUGCUGUUCAACUUGCUGCCGUGGUCAUAAAAGUAAAAUACAUAUUCGAUA